GACAUUUGAGUAAUGCUCUUCCGAUAUGGACGGCAAAGUGAAGUCUGGACAUGUUGUAUUAAAGGCAGGAGUAAUGAGAACGAAACAGAAAAGAUGGUGUAUCUUUUACAAUAAAAACGAAGAUGAGCAGAUUUUAGAAUUUUAUGAUAAUGUCGAAGAUGCAAAGAAGAAUUCAAAGCACAAGAAGACCUUUCACUUAAAACAAGUAAAAAGUAUCGACACUGUGAAUAAGUCAAGCAGUAAAGAUUACUACAUAGAUAUUCAUAUGAAAAAGGAAAGACUGACUCUGUGCUUUGAAUGUGAGGCAGACUUAGAGGAUUGGAGCACAGUACUGCAGAAUUAUGUUAAUGUCAUAUCCCCAGAUGGGGGAUCUGGUGCCAAUAUGGCUGACGAAGAUGAAGAUAGAUCAACAUUUAAAGCAAACAUGCUGUAUGAGACUUCAGAAGAUACUAUUAUAUUUGAUGUGAUGAUUGAACCAACUCCUGCUUCCGAGAAGAAAUGCCUGGAGCCGGACAAGUCUUAUCGUCUCCUGGUCACUAUGACAAAUAUUGCUUUGGAAGAUCCCACCAGGGAAGAAGAACCACUUUUGUACCGUUGGAUGUUUGAAUACAUACGAUCCUAUGGAACUUCAAAAAGCACUGGCCUGUUUACCAUAACUGCUGGUCGCCGUUCAGAAACUGGCGAAGGGGAAUUCUCGUUCAAAGUUGCCCAUCCUAAAGCUGUUGACCAGGCUAUAGAUCUACAAACCCAGCGAAAAUUUAAUUUAAAACUUCAGCAACAACAUUCUAAAGUUGAGGAUAUAGAAACUAGUUCAGAAAAUUUGCGUACAUCAACUUCAUCGAAGCGACCUAAAAGUGGUCUCCCAUCAGGAAAUGGUGCUGAAGCUCUUUCAAGGUCAAGUCUCAAAAGUGCUGGUAAGACAGAACAAUUCCAAAAGGAAUUAUCUGCAAGUAUUGCUGCAAGGCAACCAAUAGAUAAACAGAAAUCCAAUAAGAAACAUGAGGAGAAGGAAAAAAAAGAGGAUAAAGAAAAAAAGGAGGAAAAGGACAAGAAAGAUGAUAAGAAAGGAAGUGGUUUCCAUUUAUUUGGGAAGAAAAAAGAUAAAAAAAUGAAAGAACAAGAAAAAGAAAGUAUUGAAACUAAACCAUUACAACAAAAGCAAAAAGCUUCCUUUGAUGAUCAUAUUUAUGAUGAAGCAGUUCCACAAAUUCGACCAGUGUUGGCUUCUGGUGAUUCAUGUUUCUACUCUGAUGUACAAAAAAAGCCUGGAAAUUGGAAAACUCAUGGUCAAAGAUCGUCUGAAAUACAUGUCGAAAAUUAUGGUACCUUAGCAGAGGCAGCUAAAGAGACCAGAAAAUCUGGACAUAAGCAAAUCCCUCUUCCAUCGAGCAAUGACGAUGAUGAUGAUAACAUGUACGACUCUUUGAGUCCAAAAGGAGUUGAAAAACUGCCGGGUAAAGCUGCAGAGGAAGGUCUCUAUGGCACCAGCAGUGGUCGAUUACUGGAGGAUAUUUCACCCAGAAGUGAGGAAGAAGAAACUUAUGAUGAUGCAGUUUCAUUUCAGUCAAGAAAACCACAGAUCAACUAUGAUGAUGAAGCAGCUGAAUAUGAAACUGUUGAUAUUUGAUAGACUCUAGGGCUAAUCGAAGAUAUAGCUUCAGUUAGGUUUGAGAAUACAACAAUGUCAGCAUUCUUCACUUCAGUGUGAAUUGUCAACAAUUAUGAAUAUGGUCACAUCUAUUCAGUAAGAAUCCUGUGAUUAAUUAUCAUCCCUACCCCACUCCCAUUUCAGCACAUUGAAAAAGAUGCAUGGUGAUAACAGUUAAUGUUUUUUUUCAAUUAUUAUUAUGUUGAAGGUCUUUAGAUAGGUUUAACUUUCUGGAUUAUAGAUACAUGAAACAAAAUCAUAUAUUCUUUUCCAGUCUGAAUUAUUCUGAUAUACUGUAAACCAUUUUUUCAUUGACUUCAAACCCAUAUAUAAUAGAAAAGUG